UGCUUCUAGGCCUGAUCGGCUGGUAAGUGUUGCAUACUGGUUGCAAAGUUGAUGCUAGAGACUUUUCUUACGAUGAUCUCCUUUAGGCUUCUCCCAGUUGCAUCUGUUAUUACGUUAGCAACUUUAUCGGUUGAGCCAACACUAUCGUCUACUUCCAGCUUGAUGCGGGUACCCCGAGUCAACUUUACAAACCUCGAUUUCUCGCAUAUCAUGUGGGGAAGUCAAGACAUAGAAUAUCUCGGCCCACAGGAUUCUAUACGAAGAGUAGCCGAAGUCGCAGCUGCAGAGGGUGAACUCCUUUCUAUUCCCGCUCCCAAUGCCAAUUCAUCAUGGCAGGUGAACUUUCACGGGCCUGCUUUGAGCUGUAAUGCUGUCAACGACUCCCUCCGAAGUGAUAUCGCGCAGAAUAUUCUUCAGACCAGCAAAGGGCAGAUGGGUAUUGGUUACGCGUAUAUAGCUUGGACACCAACCAGCAAUAGCUCUGUGCCAUUUUACCAGAACGGCAGUGAUAGCUAUGUUCUGAAAGCUAAUCCAGGUGGUUCAUUUAGCGAAGUUCGGACUGCUCCAUUGUCACUAUUUGUGGGUGCAUUUCCGACAAUAGCCACUCAACAUCCAGUCUGCAGUUAUGUCCUCCCGGGGAAUGAAUGCAGCCCGGCACCAUGCAAUAGCACAACAUGUUUACUUGAGAAGUCGACAAUCCUACAAUGUUCUUUAUACAAUACGUCUUAUAACACCAAUUUCACCUACGUCAAUGGGGAGCAAACUGUGAACAUUUCGCUUGGUGGAGUUUUGAAUAGUAUUCCCUACUUAGGGGGACUUCUCUACAGCUGGACUGGCCCUACCAUAGCUACCUCACCCAACAUGUUCUCGUCUCUGGAAACGUUUGCAUAUCAGUCUGUGAUGGAAUCUUUUAACAGGCUGCUUGUUGGAAGUAUCAGCUACUCCUUCCUCGGCACUGCGGAUUCUCUUAGUGGCGUGUAUCAGACCGCCCCUAACACGAGUGUGUUGUCGACAGCUUUAUCGGAAACACCAGAACUUUCGUUCUUGAAUGGCAACGGAUCAACAUCUGUCCCAAAUACUCAAUCAUUGUCAGAUGCGAUUGAGCAUAUGUUCCAAAAUAUCACAGUCUCUCUGAUGAGUUUAUCACAACUACAACCAGACUAUUCAUCUCCCUAUGCUCCUUCAGAUACCAAUGUGACGAUCAUCGAAAAUCGCAAUACCUAUGCCUACUCCCGGGCUAUUCUGUGGAUAACUUAUGGCAUUGCGAUCUUUUUAACUCUACUCAGCGUCUUGCUUGGCAUGCUUGCAAAUCGAGCAAAUCAUGGAUCUUACAGUUCGACGUUCUCUACGAUUAUGAGAACAACUCGAAAUGCCACUCUUUCCUCGGAGAUCCGCCUAGCUGAUUGCAGUGGCAAGGAUCCACUUCCGGAAUAUGUUUCGGAUGCUACAAUCUCAUUUCUGAAUCCUGGGAAGUUCAACAUCGAAGCAGUUAAGGAGCUACCCAAAGGAUCUAGAGAGUCGGAAGACCACCAUGAUGCAUCUAGCCAACUGCUGCGUGAAAACAACAAUGAAGCAGUUGGGGAUCUCCGUGGAGAAUCUAGACGGUCAGAAGACGGUCCCGAGACGCCUCGUCAACGGUCGCAUAGAGAUAGUAUUGGCGCGGCUAACGAGGUAUCCGAUGAACCCAGACAACGGGAAGUCAGCCCCGAGGCGCCUAGCCGACCGUCGCAUGAAAAUGACGAAACGAACGACACAUGAAAAGAUCUGGUUUUGGGGGAUAAUUUACGGUGCGUUUCCUUUGAGCUAUGACAUUUGUCGUGUAUAUCAGCCGCUGGGUUUCCCAUUCCAGAUGAACGGAGCAUCGAGCAAGAAUUGGGUUAUAGAUAGACGGAGUAAUAUAGACAUAAUAGGUACUUAGUAGAUGCAAACAGUUCUUUCUGCACGUCCAUCUUUUAUGUAUGUAUAAUAGCGACAUCAUAAGCUGUCAAGGCCUCAUGGAAUCUGUA